AUGUCAGAAGCGCUGGAACGCGCCCUGACAGGGAGGUGGGGCCGUCGGGAUCGCGCUUUGGCUGGUAAUGUUUGUGAUCACAGUUCCCAGCUAGCUGCUGCAUGAUGUGUCCAAAGUGAUAGCUAACAAUGGGGUUCGGGGACCCCGGCGCAUCGGGGCGGACAGACAUUAGAAAUCACCGCAGGGACAGAGCCCGCCAGGGCGGGUAAAGAGAAGACCAAACACCGCUACCGAAUUACAAUAAACUCGGAAUCUUGGGAUAGCGACUGUCACAUUUUAAGCAAGGUAACUAGAACAGACACACCGGCCGGGGUGAGCUGCUGGAAUCUGUGCAAGGCUGUGCAAAGAUUUACGCUCAUUCUGGAUCAGAGCGCUGUAAAACAGCCUGGAUAGGGGUGGGUGCUCCGGGAUAUUCCAUGGCAAUUGUAUCGAUUCAUGAAGCAGCGGAAAACGGAUAAUAUCAGCUUGAAGCUGUAAUAUACAGAGACGCCUAUAGAAGCAGUAAGUACAGCAGUUGUUGUUUUUUACCUUCCGCGGGGCGGCGAUGUCAACGUUCUGCCUGGACUUCACAUCGUCCCCGACAGCAACUUCAGCACCAUCGGAGCUGGACAGCGACUGCAUGGAGCACAAGUCAGCCCACAACAUGAAACCCCCUCCGGGCACCGGGGGCUUUCUACAGGAUCUUACCGGGCGAUCGAUCCUCUACCCCGGCCCGGGAGGCCUGGGGCUAGCGCUGGAAGAAGAGCUGGCCAUGCUUGCCGGGGAGCAGGAGGGCUGUGGAGAUAUGGCUGGGCUGGAAGCUCCUAUCAACGGGCAGGACACCGACUUGUUGUCGCUAAUUAAGCAUAAGGAAAAGGACUUGGUGUUGGCCGCUAGACUGGGGAAGGCUCUGCUUGAACGGAAUCAGGAUCUGACUCGGCAAUAUGAGAACAUGCACAAAGAUCUGACGGAGCAGUUAGAGCUCUUGGAGCAGGAGAAGCAUGAGCUGCGGCGGCGCUGUGAGAGCCGGGAGGGGGAGUGGGAGAGCCGCGUGGCCGAGCUGGAGGGGGACGUGCAGCAGCUGCAGGAGGAGCUGGAGCAGCACCAGACCCAGCUGAGAGAGGUGGAGAGAGAGAAGAGCCGCGCUGUCAAGGAGCUCUCCGAACAGAACCAGCGGCUCCUGGAGCAGCUCAGCCGGGCGGCGGUGGUGGAGCGGGAGCUGUCUGUCCAGGUCCACGCGCUGCGAGACGAGUUCCGGGAGAAGAGCGUCUCCACCAACCAGCACAUGUCACGUCUGGAGAGUUUGCAGGCUGAGCAGAUCCUAGAGAUAAAGAUGCUGUCCGAACGCAAGCGGGAGCUGGAGCGGCACGUAGGAGCCACGCUGCAGGAGAACGAGAUGCUGCAGAACACGAUAGAGGACCUGCAAGAGAGGACGCUGAUGCUGGAGCGACAGAGUCACGACAAGGACCUACAGCUGCGUCAGAACCAGCUGGAGCUGCAGGAGGUGCGCCUGUCUCACCGGCAGCUGGCCGCGCGCAUGGAGGAGCUGAGCGAGGAGAGGAGCCUGCAGAGCCUGGGCCCUACCUCCACCUCCCUGCUGUCUGAGAUCGAGCAGAGUAUGGAGGCAGAGGAGCUGGAGCAGGAGAGGGAGCAGCUGAGGCUGCAGCUCUGGGAAGCUUUUUGCCAGGUGCGCUCAUUAUGCUCACACCUCAGAGGAAAUGAUGUCACAGACUCCGCCCUGUCCACGGACUCCUCCAUGGACGAGUCGUCAGAGACGUCUUCGGCGAAGGACGUCCCGACAGGUAGUCUGGACACGGCGCUGCACGAGCUGAAGAGACUCACACAGAACCUGCUGGACGGCAACGAGUCUACGGGCUCCCGGCGCAGUGACGAGGAGGCUCUGGAGGAGCAGGUGAGGAAGCUGGGGGAGGAGUCGCGCACGCUGCGGGAGCUGUACGAGAGCGAGCAGAGCAAGGCCAGGGACAGCCAGGAGGAGGCGCUGCAGCUUCACAACCAGGCCACGCUGCUCUCCCUGGAGAUGAGCUCGCUGAAGGAGGAGAGGGAGCGUCUCAGAGCCAUGACAGAGGAGCAGGAGCAGAGCGAGCAGGUCCAGAGAGCCAUCCACGACCGCGACGAAGCCAUCGCAAAGAAGGCCGCGGUGGAGAUGGAGCUGGCUAAGUGCAAGAUCGACAUCAUGGCUCUGAACAGCCAGCUCCUCGACGCCAUCCAGCAGAAAGUGAACCUGUCCCAGCAGCUGGAGGCGUGGCAGGAUGACAUGCAGAGGGUCAUCGAUCAGCAGCUGAUAGACAAGCACCAGGAGGAGUGGAGCGAAACGCCCUAUUCCUUCUCUCGGGGGGCGGGCCGACGCAGCCGAGCGCCUUCCCACGCCAGGCUGGAGCGAGCUGGGGAGGACAGCGAGGGGAAGAGCCUCUUCUCCUUCUUCAAGAAGAACUGAGCCUGUCAGAUACUAUCACAUGACAUUUUAUAUUUAUAUUCAUUAAAAAAAGAGACUAUCGUCAGCAAGGGAGAACCCAAAGAAUGAAAAGUAUUUUUUGAUAAAGGUUUAAGAUAUAAAUGUUUACAUGAGUUAGAGUUCUGGGAUUCAAUUUAGACGAGGGAUGCUCAGUAGAAAGGGUCACAGUCAGCACAGUCAGAUUUUAGAUUUUUUGAUGUCGAGCGCAGGAAGUUUAGUUCCUACAGAAAGAAAAAACACAAAGCUGAGAAUCGAGUCUGGUGCAAAAGAUGGCAACGGAACACUGAUGCUCUUUUGAGUUGAGUUCGAUACACACUAGUCAUCAUCACAGAAGCGAACUCCAAUGAUCUGGAAUGGAAUGCUGUCACUAGAAUUGGGAACAGCACUGUUUCCUGCAGGUUGUGAUUCUGAGGCUGUGCUUAAGUGCUUGACAGUCAGGCUCCAGUUUCUGUCAAAGGCAGGAAGUCCGGAGAAACUGUUUCCCUUUGUCCUUAAUUUAGAACGAAUAGCUUUCCGAUCCGAUGCUCUGGAGUUAUGUGAAAUGCAUCCGAUCCCUCUCCGUGUAUGAAAGUGUGUGCUCUGGAGUUAUGUGAAAUGUAUCUGAUCCCUCUCCCUGUAUGAAAGUGCGUGCUCUGGAGUUAUGUGAAAUGCAUCCGAUCCCUCUCCCUGUAUGAAAGUGCGUGCUCUGGAGUUAUGUGAAAUGCAUCCGAUCCCUCUCCCUGUAUGAAAGUGCGUGCUCUGGAGUUAUGUGAAAUGCAUCCGAUCCCUCUCCCUGUAUGAAAGUGCGUGCUCUGGAGUUAUGUGAAAUGCAUCCGAUCCCUCUCCCUGUAUGAAAGUGCGUGCUCUGGAGUUAUGUGAAAUGCAUUUCUAAAACCCUGAAGCAAUAGUGAACGUCUGGCAUGUUAUCUGCACCACGGAGGAGGAUUAGUCCCAUUGAAAUCCUGUUCACUUUUAAAGGAAAUACAGCAGGAUUGUAUUUUGCAGAAUAGGGAAGGGGUGGCAGUUUCUGAAAACAUGGAGCACUUUGACAGGAGAAGAAUGUUAUGCUAAACUGUCAAUCAUUGGUGGGACCUUAAUAUGACAACAGAAAAGGGCGAUUGUAUGUACAUAUAUGUAGAGUGUUGUGGAGUAACACACUACAUGUAACUCGUUACUGUAAAUCUGAUUAAAUUUUUCAGUAAUAUCAUACAGUUUGCAUCCUUUUAGGGACAGGUAGUGAAAACAUUACCGUUGGUCCCAUUUUGGUUUUUCAAACCUUGGCUAAUGCACAGCAUGGGAUGUGAAGGCCCUUCAGCAAUGCAAUUCAGAUCUUACAUACCGUUAAAUAUCAUCUCAUUACAAACUGGCUUCAGAGGAGGGAACGAGGGGAUCCAGAGCUGGAUCUUCAGAGAAGAUUUCGAGCUGCAGCCUGACCAAACUGGAAGCAGCAGCAGCUCUGGAAAACGGAAACUGGAACCACUUACAUUUCUUUCAAAAUAAGAAGUUACUGUAACUGGUUACAAUUGAUAAAGUAACUCAACUAUAACAACUCGUGACUAUAACAAAUUACUUUUAAAAAGUAACACCCCCAGCACUGUUUAUGUACGUGUAUGUGAGUAGAGACACACACACGCACACACACAGACGAAGAAUCCAGCAUCAGUUUCAGUUUGGGUUCAGAAACCACUUCUGCCCUUGUAGGUUUUACUUUCUGUUACUUGGACUGUAGAAUGUGGAAUGCACUGAUUGAUGAUGUAUGAAACACUGUGGGCAUCUUGCAAUGUGAAAACGAUCAGUUUGUACAUACAGAACAUACAUAGUAAUGUACAGAAGACAGUUUACAGCUGUUCGUUUUUCUAGAUGGAAUUGAAUUUCUAAUGCAGUAUAUACUAUUUGUGUAUAUAUAUUUAAAAAGAAAAAAGUGUACUGUUUUAUAUGUACCUGUAUAUGGAAAAACGCAUAUUUUUAGUAUGAAAAACAAAACGCUUUUUAUAGUCCGGACUCGUAGGGAGUAAUAAUAAAAUAAAUAAUAUUUUAAAAAAAUCUAUUAAGUGUUUGUGCAAAAGCCACUGUGACACAAUAAAGAGAAAUGUUUUACAGUAA